CAUCUGUCGAGGCGGACAAAGAGAGGUGAUUGGUUCGUUGUCAAGGUCCUUGAGUGAUUUUGCGUGGUCCUGAAUGGCCGUUGAUGAACAACGGAGCCCGUUUCAUCGCAAUGGCCUUCUUCACCACUCACCGCGAUUGACUGUUCAUCAGUCGACAGCAAAGGCCUAGGAGUCCCUCCACCUCGUUGUUACCUUGUUCGGAGAACAAGAUGGAUCCCCGUCAUUUCUGGGUCUUUGAUCCCAUAUAAGAGCAGGCGACCUUUGCAUCGAACCAACCAUGCCAUGCAUACCAACACGCACACUCCAAUACAGACAGACGCAUAGGUCGUCAUCUUCUUCUUCUUCCUCUCCUUCUUCUGCCUCUCUUCUUCCUGCAUCGUCCCGGUGACGACUGAUUAGUAUUUGCUUACCCAUCGAGACAACAUGACGACUCUGUACACAACGACGGCCGCAGCCCUGGCCUUGCUGCUGGGCAGCGCCCAGGGCCACAUGAUCAUGAACACGCCGACCCCGUACAACUAUCACGGCGACAAUGCUGUCCAGGUCAACCCGCUAGGACCGGGAUUCCCGUUCCCCUGCCAGGGCCGCACCGACCACAUAAUCGAGACGACCACGAUCCAGGCCGGCGGCAGCCAGGUGGUCAAGUUCACCGGCUCGGCCGUGCACGGCGGCGGCUCGUGCCAGUUCAGCGUCACCUAUGAGAACCCCCCGCCGGCGGACAAGUCCAAGUGGAAGACCAUCUACACCAUCAUCGGCGGGUGCCCCGCCUCGGCCCAGGGCAACCUGCAGAGCACCGGCAAGGACGAGGACGGGCGCGAGGACGGCAACGACUGCGGUAACGACACUGGCACCGAGUGCGUCCGCCAGUUCAACGUGCCCAUCCCCAAGGAGCUGCCCAGCGGCAACGCGACCUUCGCCUGGACCUGGUUCAACAAGAUCGGCAACCGCGAGAUCUACAUGAACUGCGCCCCCGUCCAGAUCACCGGUGGCGCCGACGACGACAAGUUCCUCCAGGAGCUGCCCGACCUCUUCGUCGCCAACGUCGACGGCGAGUGCACUACCGGCAACGGCGUCUUCAACAUCCCCAACCCGGGCAAGUACGGCAAGGUGCUCGAGGACCCCACCCAGGGCAGUGAGGGCAGCUGCACCAAGGCCGACGGUAUCCCCAAGUUUGACGACAGCGGCAGUGGCUCCGGCAGCGGGAGCGGUAGCGGUAGCGGUAGCGGCAGCGACGGCGGCUCGUCGAGCGCUUCGCCUACCGAGACUCCAGCCGCCUCCAACACCGGCCUGCCGGGCGGCAUUUUUAUGACUACCGCUCCGAGCCCCUCUCCCAGUUCCGGUUCCGCCUCCGGCUCUGGCUCUGGCUCUGGUUCUGGCUCCGGCUCCGGCUCCGGCUCCGGUUCGGGUUCGGACUCCGGUUCGGGCUCCGGUUCUGGUUCGGGUUCUGGUUCGGGCUCCGGCUCCGGCUCUGGUGCGUCCGGUGGCCAAGCCUGCUCGGAGAAUGGGGCGAUCAUUUGCUUCAGCCCAACUUCUUUUGGCCUCUGUGCCAAUGGCAUUGCCAUUCCCCAGCCAGUGGCAGCUGGCACGACCUGCAACAACGGCGUCAUCGCCCGCCGGAGCGCCAAGUUCAUCUACUGGUAACCGAGCUGCUAGCCAGCGUUCGGUCUUUUUGGGCUUAGAAACGGAUGGGCGCGGAUGGGAUUGGAUGGGAUAGACUGGCAACGGCUUGUCUCAUUAUGUACACGUGUGUCUCUUUUAGAUCGUUAUUAGACCGAUACCCUAAAAUUUAUAUUCAUAACAUCAUCUUUUUUCUUUAUAGCAU